AUGAAGGUCGCCAAAGCUUCACUUCUCGCCGUGCUGGCCCACUCGGUCACUGCUCGCUUUGUUGCCGAGGAGGAGAUCAACCGUGUCCAGCUGUAUCCCGCUGGCUCCGAGCCCGAGAAGUACCUGAUCGAACUUGCCCCAGGCAACACUCGCUGGGUCACUGAGGAGGAGAAGUGGGAGCUUCGCAGGAACGGAAACCGCUUCUUCGAUAUUACCGACCACAAGGAGUUCGGCGCAAGCCGCCUCCACACCAAGACCAAGAGCGUCUUUCCCGAGAAGUGUCGCCUUCAGGACAAGGUCAAGCCUCUCAUCAAAGACCUUGACAAGAAGGAGAUCCAGACCAACCUGGAGAAGUUCACGAGCUUCCACACCCGUUACUUCAAGUCAGACUACGGCCGCCAGUCCUCCGAAUGGCUUCUGGCUAAGCUGAACACCAUCAUCGAGGACGCCGGCGCCGGCAAACACGUUUACGCCGAGGCCUUCCCCCACACCUGGCAACAGAGUUCCAUCAUUGUUACCAUCCCGGGCAAGUCUAACAGCACCGUCGUCAUCGGCGCGCACCAGGAUUCCAUCAACCUGUGGCUGCCUUCCAUUCUCGCUGCGCCCGGUGCCGAUGACGAUGGCAGUGGCUCCAUGACCAUCCUCGAGGCUUUCCGCACUCUCCUCAAGUCCAAGGAUGUCAUCUCCGGAAAGGCCGACAACACCAUCGAGUUCCACUGGUACAGCGCCGAGGAGGGCGGUCUUCUUGGUUCCCAGGCCAUCUUCUCGUCCUACGAGCAAGAUGGACGUGACAUCAAGGCCAUGCUCCAGCAGGACAUGACUGGAUUUGUUCAGGGUACGCUUGAUGCUGGAAAGCCUGAGAGCGUUGGUGUCAUUACCGACUUUGUUGAUCCCGGCUUGACCGGUUUCAUCAAGAAGGUCAUCGUCGAGUACUGCAAGGUUCCCUACGUCGAGACGAAGUGUGGAUACGCCUGCUCCGACCAUGCCUCUGCAAGCAAGGCUGGCUACCCCUCCGCCUUCGUGAUCGAGUCCGCCUUUGAGGACUCUGACAAGCACAUCCACAGCACCGAUGACAACAUCAAGUACUUGUCGUUUGAUCACAUGCUUGAGCACGCCAAGAUGACCCUUGGCCUCGUGUACGAGCUCGGCUUCACCGACUUCGCCGCUCUGGAGAAGCAGGGUCAGGUUUCCGAGGAGUUGUAA